AUGGCCGAGGACGCUGCCUUGGCCGAGGAGUUCGUCACGUCCCUAAACAUUGUCGAAGUCUCGGAGAACGUCAAUCCGACCGUCGCCCUGCAGCGUUACCUAUCGGUGAACUCGAUCCUCAGCACCAAAUCUUCCUUUGCCAUUCGUCAACAGGAGGCGACGGACAAAGAUUUUCCUCUCGAAAUCAUCGGCGAGGGCUUCUGCGCGAUGGUUUACGACCUUCCUAGCAGCGGUCGGGCAAUCAAGGCUGGUAAACCCAAGAAGGACGCCGAGUUGUGGAAUGAUUUUGUUGCCCACGUCAAGAUAUGGGAGGCAGCCAAGAACAACACUUCAUUCUGCGUCCCACGACCGUCCUACUAUGUUCUCGCGAAAGACAUUGCGGACUGGAUGGUCGCCCACCGGCGUGAGGUCAACAACAAAACAGGCUUUAAGUCGCUGCCCGAUGACAUUCUGGUCAUGGAGCGUAUCAUGCCUCUUCCAAGAGUCAUCAGACAAGCUUUAGUGGAAGUCUUCUGUCCUCCGGACCAGAAGGCACACGCUGCUUCCAACCCUCUGAACAAGAGUUGUCUUGUGCGACUCUACCUUGGCGUCAGAAGAGCCAACCAGAGAACUGAAGGUACAUUCACCCUGCGCAACUUCGAACUCACACUGGACAAGAUGGACCAUCUUGGCAUCGACCCGAUCCAAUUCGUCCGACCGAUGGCGGAAGCCCUAGCUAUCAUGCACUGGUCCGCGCAACGCGACGCAUACGAUGUUGAGUUCGUUCUCGGAAGCUCGCCUGAGCGUCGCAUCAGCGCAGCCGAACUUAGCUCCAUCGAUUUGGCGGGCAAGAGGAUCACUACUUGGAACAGAACGCCGGACGGAUGUCCCAACCUGAACUUUCUCCGCCGUGCAGUGAGCGUUUGGCUACUGGACUUCAACCAGUGCAAACACAUGGCCCCGACUCCCCUUGGAGUUGAAAAGGCCGUGAGUGCUUUCUGGGAGAACGACCCCUACUUCCCUCGACCAACCCAAGACUUGUCCUCGACCGAGGGAAAGCUUUGGCAAGAGUUCAAGAGGGUUUAUCUCGCCAAGAGCUUCGAUUGCCUUGACAGUUCUGCGACUCUUCCCGGCGAUUUCAUUCGCCAGGUGGAAGAAAAAGCGAGCACGAGAUUGUCGAACGCCCAGGUUCUCCAGGGACCUCCCAAGUCAAGCGCCCCGACAGCCUCCUCGCCCAGUGCAUCAUCUUCCGCAAAUAUGGGCAAGAAGAAGGAACGAAAGUACGUUAGCAUGUAA